CCCUCUGUCUCUGUCUCUUCUCUUUGUCUCUGUCUCUCUUCAUCUCUCUGUCUCAGCUUCCCAUCCCUGCCACCUCUUUCCACCAUCUCUCUGUCCCCAUCACUUCUAAUCUGUCCUCUAGGGCACCAGGGCAGUCCGUGCUCUGCAGACUGCCCACCCCCACUGCCAAGCUCCAGGCUUGUGCCUGCUGCCCUCUGGGUGCCUGGCAUGUGACUGUCUCCAAAGCCGCUGGCGGAGGGCGCAUUCUCUUCUGAACCCUCACGUCCUGGGAUCCUGGAGACCCUGAGCUGAGGAACCCACAGAAUGCCCGGCCUGCUGAAUUGCAUCACGGGGGCAGCCCUGCCUCUCACAGCAUCUGAUGUCACUUCCUAUGUCAGUGGCUAUGCCCUGGGACUGACGGCCUCCCUCACCUAUGGCAACCUGGAGGCUCAGCCCUUCCAAGGUCUCUUUGUGUAUCCAAUGGAUGAAAAUACUACAGUGGUUGGCUUUGAGGCAGUUAUUGCCGACCGCGUAGUGACCAUACAGAUCAAAGACAAAGCCAAGCUGGACAGAAGCCACUUGGAUGUCCAGUCUGCCACUGUUACAGGGAACAUUCCACAAGAAGGGGUUCCCAUCGCCCCUCAUUCCUGCGCACCGGGAAAGGUGGCCUUGGAUGAGGAUCUGGAGCGGAUUCUGUUCGUUGUCAACCUGGGGACCAUCGAUCCCAUGGAGAAUGUCACCAUCUUCAUCAGCACCUCCUCGGAACUCCCCACGCUGCCCAGCGGGGCUGUGAGGGUCAUCCUGCCGGCCAUCUGUGCCCCGACUGUGCCUCAGUUAUGUACCUACAGAUCUGGCUCCCCCAGCCAACAGGCUCAAGGCAAAGACCCACACUGCUUUGGUAUCCAGGCCAUGGAACCCUGUAACAGGCUGCGUCUGGCCACUCUCCUAGACACGGAGGUGACCAACCCAAUGGAAUACGAAUUCAACUUUCAGCUGGAGAUCCGUGGGCCAUGUCUGCUCGCAGGGGUGGAGAGUCCCACACAUGAAAUUCGAGCAGACGCUGCCCCAUCAGCACACUCGGCCAAGAGCAUCAUCAUCACCUUGGCCAACAAACACACCUUUGACCGGCCAGUGGAGAUCCUUCUCCACCCCAGUGAGCCCCACAAGCCACAUGUCCUGGUGGAGAAAGGAGACAUGACCCUGGGGGAAUUCGACCAACACUUGAAGGGAAAAGCAGAUUUCAUUCGGGGGACCAAGAAGGACAGCAGCGCUGAGCGAAAGACAGAAGUCAUCCGGAAGCGUCUCCACAAAGACAUUCCCCACCACUCAGUCAUCAUGCUCAACUUCUGCCCUGACCUCCAGUCUAUGCAGCCCAAUCUGAGGAAGACCCAGGGAGAGUUUAUCUUCCUCAUCGACAGAAGCAGCAACAUGAGCAAGACCAGCAUCCAGUGUGUCAAGGAGACCAUGUUGGUGGCCCUUAAGAGCCUCAUGCCAGCCUGUCUCUUCAAUAUCAUUGGGUUUGGAUCCACCUUUAAAACAGUCUUUCCUUCCAGUCAGAUCUACAAUGAGGAGAACUUGGCCAAGGCAUGUAGUUGCAUCCAGAGGAUGAAAGCUGACAUGGGUAGCACCAACAUCCUCUCCCCUCUCAAGUGGAUCCUCCGUCAGCCAGUGCACCAGGGUCACCCACGGCUCCUCUUCCUGAUCACGGAUGGGGCCGUGAACAACACUGGGAAGGUUCUGGAACUGGUGCGGAAUCACGCCUCUUCUACCAGGUGCUACAGUUUUGGCAUUGGACCCAGUGUCUGCUACAGACUGGUGAAAGGGCUGGCAUCUGUAUCCAAGGGCAGUGCAGAAUUCCUGAUGGAGGGGGAGCGGCUGCAGCCAAAGAUGAUCAAAUCCUUGAAGAAGGCCAUGGCCCCAGUGCUGAGCGACGUGACUGUGGAGUGGGUCUUUCCUGAGACCACGGAGGCCCUGAUCUCUCCCGUCAGCAGCAGCUCCCUUUUCCCUGGGGAGCGGCUGAUGGGAUAUGGUAUCGUGUGCGAUGCUUCCUUGUACAUUUCCAAUUCUAGAUCUGACAAAAGGCGAAAGUAUGGCAUGCUGCACGCUCAGGAAUCCAGCAGCUCUGUCUUCUACCACUCUCAGGAUGAGGGAUUCAGCAGUGGAAACUGUGCCAAGAACUUCAAUCCAGGACAGACCAAAGACGCCAAUUCAUGCAAUGAAGAUGCCCCCCCACAUCAUGAUGUCUCCCAGCGAAGGAGGGCGUACAGCACUAACCAGAUCUCCAGCCACACACCUUGCCCAAGGGCCACCACAGCCAGCGAUCCCACUGGGACUUCCAGGAGAUACCCACUGAGAAAAGCUAACGUGCAAGACCUUGCCAAUCAGAGCAGCUCAGAGAGCCAACGAUGGCAGAUUGAUCUACAGCCCUUACUCAACAGUGGCCAUGACCUGAGCCAGGGCCCCAGACUGCACGGCCCAGGGGCCCGCAGGCCCUCACUACUGCCUCAGGGCUGCCAGCCCUUGCUGUUCUCUGGCCAGGAGCCCCAGGCAUGGAGCCCUAUGAGGGAGCUGGAUCCUGGUUCCAGCCCAAAGUCUGCCCCUGACAGCCGAAGCUCUGAGGACCUGGCCACGGAGCCACUCCAUCUUCCCUCCACCUUUGAGACAGAGACAUCCUCAGACUGGGAACCCAUGUCAGAAGAGCAAGCCAAUCCCUGCAGGCCUGCCACUCCAGGCCCUGUGCUGGGCAAGGCUUUGGUCAGAGGCCUGUGCAACAACCAGCGCUUGCAAUGGGAGGUGAGCUUCGAGCUGGAACCGCCAGCCCUGCAGAGGGAUGACACACAGGAUGCUGACAUGUGGAGUGAGACCUUCCAUCACCUGGCGGCUCGCGCCAUCAUCCGCGACUUCGAGCAGUUGGCAGAGCGCGAGGAUGAGAUAGAGCUGGGGUCCAAUCGCCGGUACCAGGUGAAUGCCGUGCACACCAGCAAGGCCUGCAACGUGAUCAGCAAGUACACGGCAUUUGUACCCGUGGACAUAAGCAAGAGGCAGUACCUGCCCUUAGUGGUGAAGUACCCCAACUCAGGUGCCAUUCUACGAAUGGUCAACUUCCGGAACCUGACCAAGCAGUGGAAGAUCUCUGCUGGUGCUGGAAGGUCCCAGGCCAUGCUAAGAGAACACUCCUCAGCCGCAGGAGACAGCAAAUUCCAAACCCUAGCCCUAAAAGAAAGCCCUACUUUGACCUUCGGUAAGAUCCUGUCCCCUGGCCAUGAGAAGCACACCGCUGCAGAUGGUCCCCCUCACAACCUGUCCACCAGUACUCUGUCCUCCGUGAAGGCCCCCGAGGCUCUCUUUGGAUCCAAGUUGAAUCUCAACAAGUCCAAGCUGCUGUCCCGAGCUGCCAAAGGCUUACUCAGCAAAUCACUGGCCAAGUCCCUAGAGCCAACCCCGGGCAGCCAGAGCUCCGACUACAUACCGCUGGUAUCUCUGCAGCUGGCCUCGGGAGCCUUUCUGCUCAACCAAGCCUUCUGCGAGGCCAUCCAAAUCCCCAUGGAGAAACUCAAGUGGACCUCACCCUUCCUCUGCCUCCGCAUGUCCCUUGCCACCCGCCGGCAAAAUCUGAAGACCCAGAGUCCACAGCACUGCACCGACCCCUCGUCUCCGCCCCCACCCUGCAACAACCUCUCCCUAGACAUGGAAGCUGAAAGCAACUCAGGCCUGGAGCCUAGUGCGCAUGCGCAGCUGGAGUACACAGGGAAGCUGUGGGCCACUGUGGUGGCCCUGGCGUGGCUGGAACACAGCUCCGCUAACUUCUUCAUCGAGUGGGAGCUGGUGGCUGCCAAGGCCAGCUCAUGGCUGGAGCAACAGGAGGUGCCCGAGGGUCGCACACCGAGCAUGCUCAAGACUACAGCUCGCCAGCUGUUCGUGCUCCUGCGACACUGGGAUGAAAACUUAGAGUUCAAUAUGCUAUGUUACAACCCCAAUUAUGUGUAAGGGAGGGGGAGGGCCUGCUUUGGUUGUUAGGGGAACUUUUUGAAAGCUGUAGCAAAUAUAGUCUUGCUAGAAAGAGCCGUGGACUGGCAGUGGGUAGGCCUGAACUCUCGAUCCCAACCUGGCAGCCACCUUCUAAC